AUGUCAGGAGGGUCCAUGAUAGGAAUGAUGAGCAGCAAGAGGCAUCCCAAGAUUCGGAUUCAGACGACUCUACCACGUCGACUGCCUCUUCCGACAAUGACUCUCCUUCGACCGCACCAUCUGCAGGUGAUGACAGCACUGGAAGCGACUCGGAUAGUGACGGAGAUCCGACCACGAUGGAGACGCCCCCGUACCGUCGGCCUUUGGCAUGUCACCACCGACUGGCUCCUCGUCUCCGGCCUUUCCUUCAGGAUCUCCAUCACCACCCCCUCCCAGCAACCUCCCAACCACAACCUCCGCCGCCGCCACUACAAUCACUGCGGCUACCUCGUCCGCUACGCAGAGGCUCGGGCUCGUGGGGAAUCAGAACGGCAAAUCGCUCCCACAAUCCGCCUACCCCCUCCGCCGUCCGAAAUGUGUCCAGCACUUGAUCUUCUUCUGGACAACUGGCAGGAGCCCGAGCCACUCCCCACCUUGGCUGCACGCCCGAGAGAAGACGAAGACAACGAGUCUGAUCUCAACCAACAGCCAAGACCUGCAGGGCGGCCCCGUCAGGGGGAUGCGCACGCUAAUAUAUGA